AUGCCCCCCAACCCUCAAAAGAAGAAAAAGGGCAACCCCCUCCUCCUCACCCUCCCCAGACACCUGCGCAAAAAGAUCUACAAAUACUUCUUCAACUCUACCACCAUCUUCUCCGGCAGCGCCCCCAACAGACCCCGCGCCGCAUCCACGUCCUUAACCCCCAACCCUCUCGCCCUCCUGACGGUAAACCACCAAACCCACGCCGACGCCAGAAACCUCUGGAUCCCGCGCGUCGAAUUCGCCUUCGUCACGGAACGAGCGAUGUUUAAUAAACUCAAUACUGAGGUCCCAGAUGAUGCACUUGCCGAGAUACGGUAUAUUACUAUCUGGCCAUUGAGGAUUAACGAGGAGGAUGUUGAGGAUUGGUUCUUUCAUUUCGAGAAGCAGAAAGCGGACUAUCAUACGCAACUGUGUGACCUGAGGCUCCGCCAGUUUACGGUCUGCCUGACGACAUUCGAUACUGUCCUUCCAACGCUAGAGCGCAUUCUGCGGUAUCGCCCUGAAUGGAGGGACAGAUUGCGCUGUUACAUGGAUGAUCCGCGAAACACUACCGUACCUGCGCGCAGAACCGCAGGCCGGGAUCGAACCCGAAAAAUCAUCAAAAGCAGCAGAAACACCCGCACCAACAAUACCAGCAACAACGGCCCCGGACGAGGUCUAACACAAUACUGGUUCGCAAUAUCCUGGAUCCCCCUCAGAACCUCAACCCCAACCCCUCCCUCGUGGACCGCAACCUCCCACGAAGAAACCCACACCCACAUGAACGCCUCCAUCCGCGUCUACCGCUUCAUAAACCUCGGCAACCGCCUCGGCUACGGAAGCGUCAAGUGUGCUAGUUUCUGGCCUAGCGAGGAGGAUGAGAUGGGGGAUGUUGAAGAGGAAGACGAGGAUGAGGAUGUGAGGAUGAGGGAGAGGGUUUUGGCGGGGGAGGGGGGCAGGCAGGUUGGGGAGUGGUUGAGGGGGGUGGAGGGGGAGGAGGCGAGGUUGUUUGGGGGGUGGUAUUGUGGGGCUUAUGCGCUUUAG